AUGCUGCGGUCUCGAGCCCUUUGGUUCAUUGCGAUAUACGCACUCGCCCAUUGCCUCCUUUUGGUCAACGUCACUGCAACUGUUGCAGCAGAUACGGCCCCUCCUCAUGCACAACAACACCACCAACACCUGUACCAGAGGGCUACGGCAUUGCCGACCAUCCACAAGGCCCGACGCAACUCGCCGACCUUUGCACUCGUUGAGGGCUACGACUGCGACCACAACACCGUCGCACUUGCACGUCAGUUUGUCACGGCCAAUGCCGUCACGUUCGACACGUGCAUUGCCGAUAGCGGCUACGAGGUGUUCUCGUUCAAAGGCGUUGCGUUAACGGCCAGCGACGUCACAGGUCUCGUCCACGCCAAUGCGUGUCGGGCCCUGAUGACAGCGGCACUGCUGUUGGAGAUGCCGCCGUGUUUGCUCGGGAACGUGGCUGUGCGUGCAGCUUGUGAGACGCUGUUGUACUAUGCAGAGGCGUUGCACGAGGAGGAGAAGGAGGACGAGGAGGACGAGGGAGAAGCGAAGGCCGAAGUCGCUCUUGCCGAGCAGUUUCGGGAGCUAUUGCACUGGCGACGCGACGUGAACUUUGCACGGGCAGCGAAGAAGCCGUUUGACAGCGAGUCGAAGACGUACGUCGUGUUUACGAAAGCGGUGCGCCGGGCGCUGGCGUCGAGUAGCGUGGCAGUGAUGCAGAACUAUACAGUUGUUUGGGAUACGAACGAGGGGGACGAGGAGGCCAUUGAAGUGGACGACAGUGACGAGAGCGACGACAGUAACGAGAGCGAAAGUGAGGACGAAGAUGGGGACUACACGUCGUUUGUAUCUACGAACUCGUCCAUGGACUACUUUGUCGGUCGCGUUGUUGCAGUUGAUGAGGUUAGUGACGAUACGUCGAUUGAGACCCAUCAUGCGAAGGAGAUUUUGACUACGGAGAGCUCAGGUGCCGUGGCUUUGGUCCAAAGUUGGUCAGCGUUACUUGCUCGACUGGUAGCAUUACUGGCCGUGACAGUUGUAGUACUCGUCUAG